AUGGAGAACGAAAAACUUGCCACCGUCGACCUCCACGAAGACCUUCCUCCUCCAGCAACAGCUCAACACCAACAACAGCCUCGAAGUCGUGCAAAGCUCAGCGCAGCCGCAAUAAUCCCUGUCUGGAUUGUUCUCAGUAGUGGUGUCAUCAUCUACAACAAUUAUAUCUACAAUACUUUGCAGUUCAAGUAUCCAGUCUUUUUAGUCACUUGGCAUUUGACGUUUGCCGCAAUUGGCACCCGCAUCCUGCAACGUACUACCCACCUCCUCGAUGGUGCCAAAGAUGUUCCAGUCAGCAAAGACAUGUUCUUUCGCUCCAUCCUCCCCAUUGGCCUUCUUUUCUCCGGUAGUCUCAUCCUCAGCAAUACGGCUUAUCUGUACCUGAGCGUGGCCUAUAUUCAGAUGCUAAAGGCCUUCACCCCAGUGGCCAUCCUACUCAUCACAUGGGCAACCCGGAUAAGCGAACCCUCCCGCAAGCUGCUAUUAAUCGUUCUCAUGAUUUCCUCCGGUGUUGCCAUCACAAGCAAGGGUGAGAAGUGGUUUAGUUUAGUUGGAUUUUUCAUUCAGGCUGGAGGAGUCGGUUUCGAAGCCACCCGCCUCGUACUAAUCCAAACCCUCCUACACGGGCUCAAGAUGGACCCCCUCGUCUCCCUCCACCUCUACGCUCCCGUCUGCGCGCUUAUCAACCUCUGUGUCUUACCUUUCACAGAGGGCAUCGAACCCCUUCGCAUCGUAUGGGCGAGUAUCGUGGGGUCGUACAGUGAAGCUAUGGUUGCCGUAUCCAACAGCGCAGCGUCUGCUUUAGCCAGCACAGCGACAUCGGAUGCCACAGUCUCAGCAGUUGUCGCAUCAGGAGAGGCACUCGAGGCCGUGGUGCCCCACAUCACGCCCUUCCUGCUAUUCACGAACGCACUACUUGCGUUCCUGCUGAACAUUGCAGCUGUGUUUUUGGUAGGCGCGGGGAGUGGAUUGGUGUUGACGCUUGCGGGUGUGUUGAAGGAUGUGUUGUUGGUAGCGGGAAGCGUGGUGAUUUGGGGUGGGGAGGUGGGCGUGAUGCAGGCGUCUGGAUACUCGAUAGCGUUGUGCGGAUUAGUGCUGUUUAAGGUGUCGGGUGGGAAGUGA